UGAACCGGGAAGCGCAGCUGUUUGUAUGCUCAGACUUUCCCUUGCAGCUGGCCAGUUCCGUGCACGCUGCCCUGGAGUCAUGACGCAGCUCUGCUCUGCUGCUUCAGCCCUGCUGUUGUGCACGCUCACUGUGCUGUUCAAAACGUCUCUGUCAGGGGACCAUGUGCCGAUGCUGCUUUGGACAACUCAGAGAUCACAGUGUAAUCCAGACACUGCUUUGCAUGAAGGACACGUUGUGUCAGCGCAGGAGCUGACUGUACUCUUGCAACCUGUUUUUACCCAGAAUUCCAGACAUCUCAUCGUAUUCCUACAAGAUACGCUUAGCAUAGAUGAUUUCACAUACCUCAGUGAAUCCUACGGUAACAAGAACCCAUUUCAAAAUGUUCAGGAAAUCCUUCAGUCUUCUUCAUCUUUAGUUUUGCCAGCUGUUGACUGCGAAGCUACCAGGUAUCUGCUGAGCUUUCUUCAGGAGUCAGGAGCUUGGAACUUAACAAACAUAACUAACCUUGAUGUCUCUCAGCUGGCAGUGAAUACAUCUAAACCAAACUUACUGGUGGUUCAGCUACGACCACUUGUCAGUGGUCUAAAUAAGAAUUUCACCCUGGAAGCUAUUGCUGAAAAUGACAAAAUAAUUGGAAGACUGACCAUGGAUCUGCAGGAACGAGGGAUUAAUUUUUCAGUAAUUUAUACUGCAGUGAGACCUUCAAGGAUUUCUAGAAGAACUGAUGUGGUGGGGGAAUUAAGACGACGAUUAAUGGCCACUGAGGAAGAAGGCAGUUUAUCAUAUCCUCCUCUGAAUGUGACCACUGGAAAUGAUACAUGCAUCCUUUUUUAUGCUAGUAAUUUCAGCCUCAAAGCCAACAGUUCGGUUUUUAUAGAUUUGACAAAUGCAACAUUUGUAAUGCAGAAUGUGGAUAUUUCUUCCUCUAAGUGCUCAGACACCAACACAACACUGUCAUUAAAAUACACAAAGCCAGUGAAUGAAAUCAGCAGCCUAGAGAUAAGGUUUUUAAUGACCAACAAGUUCUACGGAGGCUCAGCUAGAAAUUGGUCCACUUUAGAUUCAGUUGAGAUUGUACAAGAUGGAGAAAAGUUUGCUAAAUUUAAUGUUUCUGUCAUCUCUGCUCCUGCAGAGUAUUCAUUUCAUUGUCAGCUGGUGGGAACAAGCAAUCACUAUCCUGCAAGGCUGAUUCCAUCCAACAAUGAGGCAAAAAACUGGGAUGUUUUCAUUUCCAGGUUGCAAAUUCAAGGCUUCAAUGUUGAAAACAAUCAGUUUUCCUAUGCGAGUGACUGUACGGGUUUCUUCACUCCUGGAAUCUGGAUGGGCUUGGUGACAUCUGUACUUCUACUGUGGAUCCUGGCCUACGGAAUCCAUAUGAUCAUGCAGCUCACAACAAACAACAGAUAUGAUGAUCCCAAAGGUCCAGCUCUGUCAGUUCCUCAGACAGAGUAGCCAUGCUGUUAUUUCCUAGUCUGAUAUUUAUGUUUUUUACAACCUACUACAUAAUACGUGUAACCUGAAAAGAUAUCAUAGCAGAAAGGGAUAAUUCAACUACAUAUAUAAAGGAUCCUUAUGCUUGGCAACAAGAAUAAUUCUGCUUGUUAUUAUUGUGAUUUGUUAACAGCUGUCUGUGUUAAGGGUCUGAGGUGAGGCUGUGGAGGUUAUUACUCUAUUUGGUUAUUAGAAAGACCACUACAAACUGCAUUCCAAUUAACUGUUAUGGCAAAGAAAGGUUAUCAGAACAGAGAUAAAUGGGAAGGAUGAAUAACUUACUUGAUAGGAAACUAUAUAUUGAAAUUGUUGGUCUCUCUCUAAAGGCUCUUUAGUAAAUAUGUCACAUUGAUGCUACGUUUUAAGAAGACUGAACUGUGUCUUGUCAUUUUUUCUCUUGAGAAAACCUUCCAGAAAAGUACAGAACUAAUAAAGUAUAAUUUACUAAAUAAA